AUGAAUAUCAAAGUUUGUUUUCUGAUAUUGUUCUUAAAGGUCGCCGCUUGUAAAGCGAAAUGCGGUGACGUAGGCUGUGAUUCCUCAAUGGAGAACACGACACGGCUUCUGUCUAGAAGCAAGCGGUUUUUAGUGUUUCCCGACGGAAGCUCUCUUCAAUUGGUGUUCUGCGUGCAAACAGCGGCUGAAAUUCCCAUCGGAGAUAUAUUUCUAUACGGCAACACCGCGGCGCUCGCUUGGAAUUUACCAAAGGACCCCGACUUCCUGCUGAUGUUUAAGGAUUACGAGAAGAAGGCUCAGAGAAGAAAUGACGAAAAGAACAUUUACUUUUUGGACGAGAGCGGGCGUGUGAUAGCCAAAAGGCCGUUUACUAGGCCAGCGAUCGUGAAUCCAGUAUUUGCGAAGCGCAGCGUGAACGAAGAGUCAUUCAGAGAGAGAUUAAAAGUGAAGAUAGAUCGGAUUAAAAUGCAUAAGAGACACAGCAGCGACUUCCUGCAACACUCCAGCCAGGGCAGUACAUCGUUUCAUAGAAACAGCCGCGUCGAGCUCUACCAGAAACUGGAGACAUUAAUUACUUCGCUGGGCGCGGACGGGGCUCGGUGCGUUCUUCGGAAACUAUGCGAGUCAGCUCGUGUCGACUCGCAGGGGACAUUCCUCCAAGAACUACUUAGAGUUGUCUUUACAUUCCCGAAGGAUACCUCAUCAUUUGUCGAGGAGCACAAAUUGUAUGAUGAAGCACAUAAUCCAUCGAACGACUGCGAAAAAAUGUACCCCGGAUGUGAAAAUAUCGACUCUACCUUUUUAUGA